AUGUCAUUCGCCAGUGUUUUCCUUGUGUCGGUUACAUUGUGUGUGGCGUGUAUAGGGUCAAAUGUAGCGUCUCCAUUGACUGUAGACCUACAGCAAGCCAUGAUGAAAUUUGCCAAAACUCACACCGACUCUUGCGGCAUCUUCACUGGAGUGCACGCGGUCUUUUCUAGAGGAGAUUUCGCAACCGUCGAAGGCGUUCCUCUCUACAAGCUACCAGUCACAUGGGCUCCUGACGAACCAGACAACUAUAAGAACAAUGAGGAUUGCACCAUCAUGCUGCAGAACGGGACACUGGCUGAUGUUCGCUGCAACGACACCUAUCCCUACAUUUGCUAUAAGAAGAAGACUGAUAACCCAGUUCUAACAUCAUGUGGAACCGUCGAUAAAGAGUAUGUCCUGGACGCUCGUACCGGAAGCUGCUACAAGUUCCAUACAACUGGACGUACCUGGAGACGUGCUUAUAUGACUUGUAUGGCAGAGGGAGGGCACCUAGCCAUCAUCAACGGCGAUACCGAGAUGCAGGUCAUCAAGGAUGUCUUCGCCAAGCACCCUAGCGAAAAAAUUGCGUCUGCUUUCAAAGAUGUCGCCUCUAUAGGGUUUUACAGUUGGGGAGAACACGGCAACUGGUACACUGUUCACGGUGAAUCUCUUAAAAAAGCUGGUUAUUCGACGUUCGCAAGUGGCCAGCCAGACAACAACAAGGGCCCCGACAAUGGUUCGUUCUGCGGAGGGGUGUUCCGCACAGGUCUCCUGGAUGACCUGUGGUGUGACAGCGUUCCUAUACCUUUCAUCUGUGAGAAGAAACCAGGCAGCUUGAUUCCUGAUGAACUCUAG